CCUCGAUGUGUAUUGUUCGAUCUCUUGGAUAUUGUUAGCCAAUGUCAUGGCGUUACUCAAGCAAAGCUGCUGUGUAGCUGGCCGUUUCACAGCAAACCGCCUCUGGUCGGGAGCGCCAAGUAUUUCCCAUGUCUACACGAGCGGCGUUUCAUCUGCGGCGAAGUCUUCUCCCAGACCGACUGACAGGAAUGAAAAGACACUGAGUGAUGAUGAUGGUCCAACACUGCAAGACUUCAUUUCAGGAGAACUUUCCGAGAGAAGCAACUGGGCAGAGUAUAGAGGCAACUUGAAGAGGCAGAAGGGGGAGAGGCUUCGGCUGCCCCCUUGGCUGAAGACUGAAAUCCCUAUUGGUAGAAACUACAACAGGCUGAAGAACUCUCUUAGAGACCUCAACCUUCAUACUGUAUGUGAGGAAGCCAGGUGUCCUAACAUUGGGGAAUGCUGGGGAGGAGGAGAGUAUUCUACAGCCACAGCCACCAUCAUGCUUAUGGGAGACACAUGCACCCGUGGAUGCCGCUUUUGUUCUGUCAAGACUGCUCGUCUGCCACCGCCUCUGGACCCUGAAGAGCCCUACAACACUGCAAAGGCCAUUGUUGCAUGGGGCUUGGACUAUGUGGUGCUCACUUCUGUGGACAGAGAUGAUAUUGCCGAUGGAGGGGCGGAGCAUUUCGCCAAGACUGUUUCUCACCUGAAGGAAAGGAAUCCUCAGAUCCUGGUUGAAUGUCUGACACCUGAUUUCCGGGGUGACCUUGCAGCAGUUGAGAAGAUCGCCCUGUCAGGUCUGGAUGUAUACGCGCACAACGUGGAGACGGUCCGUGAGCUGCAGAGGCAUGUCCGAGACCCUAGAGCCAACUUUGACCAAUCCCUGAGUGUUCUGAAACACGCCAAAGAGGCCAAACCUACUUUACUUACCAAGACGUCUAUAAUGCUGGGAUUGGGAGAGACUGACCAACAAAUACAAAAUACACUUAACGAGCUACGUGAAGCUGGAGUGGAUUGCCUGACACUGGGACAGUACAUGCAACCCACCAAACGCCACUUAAAGGUGGAAGAAUAUGUAACUCCAGAGAAGUUUGCAUAUUGGGAGAAAGUCGGCAAUGACAUGGGGUUUGUCUACACUGCCAGUGGGCCACUGGUUCGAUCCUCCUACAAAGCAGGAGAGUUCUUCCUGAAGAAUUUGCUUAAGAAGAAAAAAGCAGAAGCUGUCAUAGAAGAAUGAAGCGCAACAAACCUGGCAGCUCUCUAUAAACACAUAUACAUUGCUGACACAAUGCAUCGCUUCAAACUGCAGCAUACACACAAUGCAGAACAUUUUCAGAAAAUAAAAUGCACACCAAAGUGACUUUAAAAAAAAAAUAAUAGAAGGGGGCAGUGAGCUUGAAAACACAACAUCCAUCAUGGACUAUUUCAAGAGAUAAUUAAAGAGAAGAUGAGCGGGGAGAGGCCAGCAGGUAUAUAGAUGACUACCUAGGUGUCAACUGUCCAUGCAGAGAAAAUAAAGCUGCAUUCUUUGCAGCUCAGGGACCUUUAAUUAGGGAUGCACUGAAAUUAAACUUCUCAGCCAAAAGUGAGAUGAAGAAACAAAAUCCAAAACACUGAAAUACAUUACAAUACAUGAUUUUUUCUUUUUAAUUAAUAAUUAUUUGCUUGGAUGAUUUUUUGCACUUUGCAGCACUUGCAGGAAUGUGAGCUCCUGGCACAUUUGAAUCAGUGAAAAUCAGUGAAAUAAUUUACUGUAAAUAGAAAUAGACUCCGCAUGUACGGUAUAUAUUUUAGAAAAUAAAACAUACAAUGGAGUAAAAUUAGGAUGAUUUUCCCCUCUGAAGUCUAUACUCCUGUAAAACCUUUUCACUGGGAAUUUGGGAGUCACCCGUAGAUCAGUGCUGCUAGGUGCAACUGCCUCAAGUGUGGAAAUUUUUCAGAGAAAAUUAAGAACAGUAGACUGCAGAAUGCACAAACAAUGAGAAGCCAGACUGUUUCCUGUUUUCUUUCAAUAGCAAAAGAGUUUCAUUUCGAAACAAACUUUUGGCCGCACUUUUUGGGGCAUCCCUACUUCUAAUCACAUCCCAUCCCCACCAUUUUAAAUGUAUUUAAGAACACUUUUGAUGCUUGCCACUGCUGCUGCUGGUAGGGUUAUUUCAACAUGUUCUUUUGGAAUGCACAAUAUUUAAAGAAGCCAAUGUCUGCAAUGAAUUUCUGUUAUAAUUUGUACAUGUUAUUUCAGAUGUACUUUUGUAAUAUCUUUGUACCAUAAAUCAUAGUGUUUUCGACACUUUUUAAGUACCAUGAAAACUGCUAUAUCUUGUGUGACCAAACUUCCAACUCCCAUCCAACUACACAGCGGCAUGUAAAAGUUUGAGCACUCCAGAUAUAUACCUAGACUCAUAACAUUUUAUUUGAAGUGGUAUAUUUUUUAAAUUAAAGACUUACUCAUUCAGGAAUUGUUGAUUUUAUUGCAUUUGCCCUUUAUAUACAGCGGACACGUACAGCAUUAUGAUUUAUUAAAAAAAUUAUAAAAUUGUACAAAAAUAACAGCUGGAAUGAUACUUAAAAUGGUGAAAUGUGCACCUAUAAUUGACUACAUGUAAAAUUGCUUGAUCAAUAUCAUAGGAAUGAAUUUACAUUAGUGUGUUUAGAAAGAUUUAAACGUAAAUAAAAAUUCGAGACUGAAGAUUGAACUUGUCAAC